AAGCUUCAGUAGAAUAUGAUGAAAUGUUUAUUUCUCCUCUCCUCAGUGAGAGUCGCUAAGAACCCUCAGCUCUACUUUGCCCGGCGUCUGAACAAAGCGAUGAAAGGAGCGGGCACCGACGACGACACCCUCAUCCGCAUCAUCGUGUGUCGCUCUGAGUUCGAUUUGGAGACCAUCAAAGAAAUGUACCUGGAGAAGUACGACGUGUCUCUGAAGGACGCCCUGAAGGACGAGUGCAGCGGGGACUAUAAACGUCUCCUCCUGGCGAUCUGCCACUGAGAGUUCUCCUGAGUGGAUGUGGAUGUGGAUGUGGAUGACAAAGGCAGAGACGGCAGAGUAAUAGCGAGGGCGCGGCUGUUUCCCGUCUAACAAAGUAAAAUCACUCAGUCUCUCCAUGCGGCAUUAUGCAGGGAGCAGGAGGGUGGAAGUGGCUCCUGAUUCGUCCGAACUCUGAGUUAAUGUUUAUCUAAGUGGCGCCAAUUUUUAACUUUUUCAACAGGCAUUCAUUACAACGUUGGCUUCGAACUGGAUUUACUUAAGUCUCCAAAAGUACAGUUUCUAUCAAUCACUGUCCAUUUCUUCGGCAGUGUUUAGCAUCAUUUUGUAACGUGUUUACUAGCAUUUACAGUCAGUUUUAGUUACUAUAAACGAGCAACAAGAUGUAAACGUCCGAGGAAAAAACCCAAAUGCACUGAGUGUGUUUUAAUCAGAUGGAUCUACGCUUUGUUGUCACAUCGUAAAAGUAAUUCAUGUUUGUACGCUAGCAUGAAGUCGGCUUUAACCCGCUGCUGCAUUUACAGAAGUUAUUGAAAGUGUUACUAAUGAAGAAGUAUUAGAUCCCAUUGUUCUGUAUUCAAGUUGAUUUUGUUGUCCAAGGCCGCUGUCGUUCACCCUCCAUCCCCCCCCCCAAACUCAGUGACUGUUUUAGUUCACCGCUGUUAUUACUAAUGCAAUCAUCCAAUAAGAAGCUUGAAUUUUGAAGAAAUGUGAACGUUUGUUAUGAAGGGCUAUACGUUUGUAUCAUGAAGGUUAUGCAAUGUUAUGUGAAAAGACAGGAUGAAUUUCCCUUACAGAUGAUUAUCAAAAGAGAAUAUAUUUUAUCAUGUUCUUGUUGAAGAAAACUUUAUAUUCAUUUACAAUAUGUUGCAUUUUUAUCCACCAGAAAAACUUGACAAAUCCAAAUGCACCUCAAAUUGCUCUCCUUUUUUUUGUAUUUUACUACUAACACAGUAGAGAGUUAAUAUAUUAACAUUAAUAUAUAUAACAUUAUUUAGUUGACUGUAGAAGGUAGGUCAGAGAGUAUCAAUGUGAAGAAACCUGUAGGUAAUAUGUAACAUCCAGACAGUCUGACGUCUGUGUCAUUCUCUGUCACUGUAAGGCAGCUGAGAUUUGUUCAAAUGACCACUAUUGUAAACAUUUUGAGUAGCUGAGUAUACACUGACUGAAAUAUGAGAUAGGUAAAACAUAAACCAGGAUAUCAGAUGGGUUGUGUCUCUCUAUAGCCAAAGAUUUCCAGUGUAAUUGCAAAUAAAAUUCCCUAUAACAUCA